AUGAGUGACAACCAAACCAAGUUCGAAGAACUCCUGGUCGCCCUCAAGGCUCUGGGUGAGCCUGACUAUGAUGGCUGGGCCCGUCUUGUGCAUGAAAAAGCCCGGCGCCGUCACGAACUCUCCAAUCUGGCUGAUCUGAUCGUUGACGUCGACCCCUAUCCUAAAAAAGAGGACCAAAAGUCUUCCCUCGCCAACUUUGACUGCACUUCGGAUCUAACCUGGGCACAGUACAAGUGGAUGAGCGCUGCAAAUGGUUCUCUGGACUUCGUCAUGGCGACAGGUCUCUACGCCACGGCCCUGCCGGUGCUGGGGGCUGUGUUGACCAUCAUCGGGGUCGUUCUAAUGGUUGUCAAUUUCUUUCUCAGUCUUUUCUCUGCGCUGCCGCCUGACCCCGUUGAGACCUUCUUGAACAGCCAAGGCAAACCACUGCUUGACAGCCUAGAUGAAGCCCCGACCCCGCGGCUCGAGUACACCCUCCUCUCCGCCGGUUCCGUCCCCGGGAAGCAGGUCACCACUGUCGCCAUCCAGGCCGCCAACCACACCGAGAACGAGCACCUCUACGUGUCCCUGGCCGCGACAGCCGAUGCAGCAAUAACCACGAGUGAUUUCAAAUCCAGUUCCGACCCCGUGGCACAGUACAACGAAUACGACCUGGAGGUGGCGGGAUGCAGGACAGACGGCAGCACAGAGAGUAGUCUGCCGCCGUUGGUGUUGGAACCAGAGGAGUCGUUCAUCGUGCGGUGGACGGCAGAGGCGAAUAAGAAGGGAAAUAGCUUUGUGGACGUGGUAGAGAAACUGCCACUGGAUAAAUGCCAUGUGCAGAUGCCAGUGGUGAGGGUUUGA